CUCCAUCAACGGACUCUUUGAUCCCCUCGAGACCCUGGACAAUCUCACUCCAGAGCAGAUGGUUGGACUGAUUGUUAAUACUCAACCUGGUGUGCCACAGAAUGUCGUCAUCAAUACAGUGUUUGACCAUCUGCUUGUGUCUCCUGUGGAGCGAGGACUUCCAGAUGUUCUUGAGCUCUUGUAUAUUUUCUCCACAACGAGUCCACUCAGCUGUCAAACCAACCAGAUAAUUUUCACGAGGCUGGAGCAGAUCUUGAGCUCAGGAGCGGGUGAUCUGGAGCCCGUCGUCUGGGCGAGCGUUUAUAAGUUCAGCCGCACGGCUCCUGCAGACUGCGCUCUUCUCCCAGUCGUGAAUGAGUGUGCCGUGACUCCAUUCAACGAGACUCGGGUGUGCAGUGGAGUGGACAGUUCUGCAGCACAGCAGUGCUUGAACGAAGGACGGGUUUGUGGCUUCAGUAUUGCAGCACAUGCAUGCGCCCCGGUGCUGAAUGUGAGCGUGGAGUAUCUGGUCACACUACUGAACUCUCACCUGUCUGAUGAUGACAUGAGCUCAGCUGAGAGCUGGAAACUCUUCCUGACCAGAGUCUCACACCUGCUGGACAUCGCCCUCGAGCAGCUCUCCAGCCAGGUACAGGACAGACUCAUUUCACACUGCAACUAAACCUUGUGCUGGUGCUGAUGAUCUUCUGUGUGUAGUCGGUGUGGUGGAGCAGCAGCUCUGCUUCAGUGGUGCUGGACGUCCUGCGGGAGCUGCGGCUGGACAGACUGAUGGA